AACAACCAAUUUUUAUCAUCAAAACCCUCAAACCCUGAUUCCUGAAACAAAAAUGUUGUAAGAACAGCAAACAUCUUCGUCUUCAUCUUCAUCUUCAUCUUCCUUCUUCCUUCUUCCUGUUUCCAAACCCUAAUCCUCCAAUGCGAUCAUUUAACAUUCCCAAACCCAUGAUUCAUCCUCAAGGAAUCCACCCCUGUUCGUUCUUGAACCCUAAACCUAAUGCUGAUGAUAUAUUAAAGCCGAUGUCACCAUUAGAUGUCGACCCUUGUGCAGCUUCACGAACUGAUGUCAUUACAUACACAAACACAAGUGAUUUAACUCCAUCUGAACAUGCAGGUGGAAGCUUCACUGAACCUCCAAUGGCGCCCAUGGCUUCCAAUUCCCCUACAAACUCGGAAAUUAGUCCUCCGCAGAUCGUGAAUGACGUUGUAGAAACAAAGAUAGAUAGUAAAAACUCGCAAAUCAUCCGUUGUGAGAUCUGUAAUGUAUUCUGUAACAGCGAGGAAAUGUUAAGGGAACACAAGGAAGGAAAGAAGCAUUUAAAAAAUUCGCAAAAGCUCUCUGUUUCAUCUUCGAUCAACCAAGAAACGCCACCACCGGUUGCAGACGCUAAUUCUUACCAUGAAUCCGAUAAGAAGAAGAAAAAGAAGGAAGAUUUCUUACAAAAUGCACCCUCAAUUGAAUCUUUGUUUACUUGCACCAUUCCUGAUCUGGUAUGCCAUGAUCAAAACAUAGAUACAGAGCAUCUCCAUGGUGAGAAACAAGAAACCCAGGUAAACAAUGGUACUCUGGUUCAGUCUUCCAACAAUGGCACAGAGAAAGUGGAAGAAGAAGUUUGUAAAACAGUCACUUGUAACAGCGAACAGAAGCUUCUAGAACACAAUCCAGCGACAAAUCACCUGAAAAACCUUAAAGACUCAGAAAAAUUACAAACCCCACCAUCGACAACGCCUACUGCUUCAAUGGCGAAGACACCAGUUUCCAAGCAUGUGGAAAAACUUGAGGAUUCAAAGGACGUUAAGUUUCGAUGGUGUGAAGUUUGUAAGAUCGAUUAUAGCAGCGAUACCUUCUACAGGCAUCUGCGAGGGAGGAAUCAUAAGAGGAAUCUUCAAGAAUCAAAGAAAAUGACGGGUUUGCCCUCGACCCAUACUGAUUCGGGGAAGUUGACCAAGGGCGAAGUUGUAAAUCCAAACGAAGGAAGCUCUACACGAUGUGAACUUUGUAAGGUUUGUUGCACUUCCUAUGGUGAGCUCCACAGGCACCUUUCAGGGAAGAAACACAAAAAAGCCGAAUAUAAAACUGGAAAGCGAAUGAAAGGAGAAAAAAUGUUACAGGAUUUGAUGAAUGGAGAGGAGGGUAAAGUUGUAAUUUUGGAAAAGGGUAAAAGGAAAGCUAAUGACUCAUUAGCAAGUGAAGAGGAUGGAGAUGUAAAGAGGAAGAAGAUGAUGAAAGAAGGGGGAACAGCAUCUUGUGCUUCGAUAACUUGUACAGUAUGCAAUGUGGGUUGGACUAGCGUGGUGGAGUAUAUGGAUCAUCUUAAAGGACAAGAGCAUUGUGCCAUGGUUUUGAAACAAGUAUGAUAACAUGAAUGCUAUAGAGAAAGAUAUUAGUAAUAUAGCUAUUUAGAAAAUAGGCUUUUGAAAAAAGUUCAAAUGUUAAAGGGGUUAAUCUCUAAAUGAGUAACGAACUAUUUUUAUUUUAUUUUAUUU